AAUGGCGCAGCAAAUGCAAUAGCAGUGUAGCACAAAUAGUCAAUUGCAAUUUUCCUUUCUUCUUCACUGGUACCACCCCUGCGAUAUUAGGGCUUCCACCAUUCCCGCCGCUGCCGCAAUUCGCCGCCACAACCCACCGCCACAAGCCACUUAGAAGCCGAAGCAAAAAGCAGCGAGGAAGCGACAAUGAAUGCCCCCGAUCGUUAUGAACGAUUCGUCGUCCCCGAGGGUGUCUCCAAGGUGUCGUACGAGAGGGACACGAAAAUCAUAAACGCGGCGUCGUUUACAGUCGAGCGUGAGGACCACACCAUCGGCAACAUUGUCCGCAUGCAAUUGCACAGGGAUGAGAACGUGCUAUUUGCUGGCUAUAAGUUGCCGCACCCUCUUCAGUACAAGAUACUUUUAAGGAUACACACUACAAGCCAGUCUUCGCCUAUGCAGGCAUAUAAUCAGGCUAUCAAUGAUUUGGACAAGGAAUUGGACCAUCUCAAGAAUGAAUUUGAGGUAAUGCUAUUUUUACACUGUUGUUCGACUCUAUUUAUUGUGGGGAUGAAUUCCAAAUAGAGGGCUAUUUUAGUAAAUUCAACUAAUUCGUUCUAUAGUUAUUUGAUAUUUUCCCGGGUUGUUGUAUUUUGAGCUGUAAAGUCUUGGUGUAUAAUAAUAUAGAAAAGUUGGUCGGUGACUGCAACAUCAAAUGGAUCUAUGCGUAAUCAAAUGCUAUACGUUUAUUAGUCUAAUUCCUCAGUUACAAUGUGCAAAUCGUUUUCCAUAUUUGGCAUGUAAUGCUGAUCUCGUGUAAAUUUAGAUAGAAACGGCCACAUAAUGUUCUGGACACUCUCGGGCUUAAAAAGUAGCCGUAAAAGUAUUACAGAACCAUAAGCUUGCAGCUCUCUCAGUUUGUCUAAGUUUAAUGUAUGUUCUGGU